AAUAGCGGUGGCUCGUACGCGGUCGCACCACAAAUCGCUAGUGCCGGUCAAGGAUCUUAUCAACAAGCUGGAGGCGCAUCUUAUGCAGGUGCCCCAGCCACUGGACUGAACUCAGCUGGCGGCGCUUCGUAUUCGAACGGUGCAACAGAUUUCAAUUCAGCGGGCGCAUAUAAUCAAGGCGCUGCUGCAGCUGGUGGUGCAUCGUAUCAAGGCGGUGGAGCCGGAUAUAAUCAAGGUUAUCCAUGA